UCUCCGGAAGUGCUCUCUAGGGGUCGACUGCUUGUGAUCCACUCCCGGGUGCGGCCAUAGGUGUUUUGCGGCCUCUUUCUGUUUUUAGGUUCUCUUUUGGGAACGGUUUCCCGGUCAGUCACCUUCCCUUCUCCCGCUCUCCCCCUUACCGCCUCCACACAAUUCCGGCUGGGCCUGGAGUUCACGAAACAACAUCCUGUGAGAAGAAUUUCAAGAGGAUCUGUCCUUGAAAAGAACCCAAUUAAAGUAAGCUUUCUCCCAAGCUCUUCCAGCUCCAGAUGGCUGUAGAAUCAAGGGAGACGGUAGGCCUAUCUCCUCUGGUACAGGCUCCAGAGGAAGGUCUUGUGAUAGUAAAAGUAGAGGAGGAAGACCACCACUGGGACCAGGAAUCCAGCUUCCAUGAGCCUAACCCUCAUGGCCAGGAGGUCUUCCGCCAGCGCUUCAGACAGUUCUGCUACAGGGAGACACUGGGGCCCCGGGAAGCUUUGAUCCAGCUUCGAGCCCUUUGCCAUCAGUGGCUGAGACCAGAUUUGCACACAAAGGAGCAGAUCCUGGAACUGCUGGUGCUAGAGCAAUUCCUGUCCAUCCUACCUGGGGAACUUCAGACAUUGGUUCAGGAGCAUCAUCUAGAAAGUGGAGAGGAGGUGGUAACAGUGUUGGAGGAUUUGGAGAGACAUAUUAAUAUACUAGGACAAGAGGUCCCAGCUCAUGCCAGUGGAAUGCCCUGGGAAGAGAGAACAACUCUGGGAGUACAAGAGCCACCAAGUAUCCAGCCACAGCCUAUGGGACUUAAGUGUGACUCUUCAGAUCCCCAGAUUCUGCAAGAAAGAGUUCUGCCCAUUCCCCAGGUUCCUGCUUCGUCUCAGAAGGGAAACCCACGAGACCAGGAGAUGGCAGCUGCACUUCUUACAGCUGGGUUCCAGACUUUGGUGAAGAUCGAGGACAUGGCAGUGUCUCUUAUCCAGGAGGAGUGGGGACUUCUUGAUCCAGCACAGAAGGACCUCUGUAGCGAUGGCAGGCCGGACAGUUAUGGCCACAUGUACUCCUUGGGUGGUGAGACCAGGAGUGAGAACAGGGAUUUAACUCAAAAACAGGUAAUAUCUGCUGAAAUGGAACCAAAUGGAGAGAGAACUGCCAAACGCAAUGGGAAUGUUCCUGAGAGAGACCAUGGACAAGCUAGUGAAUAUGCAGGCAGGUUAGACCGACGCCGAGGAAACCCCACCACCGGAGAAAGACGACAUAAAUGUGAGGAAUGUGGGAAGAGCUUUGCCCAGAGCUCAGGCCUCGUACGACAUUGGAGAAUCCACACUGGGGAAAAACCAUAUCAGUGUAAUGUGUGUGGUAAAGCCUUCAGUUACAGGUCAGCCCUUCUUUCACAUCAGGAUAUCCACAACAAAGUAAAACGCUAUCAUUGUAAGGAGUGUGGGAAAGCCUUUAGUCAGAACACAGGACUUAUUCUACAUCAGAGAAUCCAUACUGGGGAAAAGCCCUAUGAAUGUAAUCAGUGUGGGAAGGCUUUUAGUCAGAGUGCAGGCCUAAUUCUACAUCAGAGAAUCCACAGUGGGGAAAAACCCUAUGAAUGUAAUGAAUGUGGAAAAGCUUUUAGUCAUAGUUCUCACCUUAUUGGACAUCAGAGAAUCCACACUGGGGAGAAACCCUAUGAAUGUGAUGAGUGUGGAAAAACUUUCAGGAGGAGCUCACACCUCAUUGGCCAUCAGAGAAGCCACACUGGGGAGAAACCCUACAAGUGUGGUGAAUGUGGGAGAGCAUUCAGUCAGAAGUCAGGCCUUAUUGAACAUCAAAGAAUCCACACAGGAGAGAGACCCUAUAAAUGUAAAGAAUGUGGGAAAGCUUUCAAUGGAAACACAGGCCUUAUUCAACAUCUAAGAAUCCAUACUGGGGAGAAACCUUAUCAGUGUGGUGCAUGUGGAAAGGCCUUUAUUCAAAGGUCGAGUCUUAUUCGACAUCAGAGAAUACACAGUGCAGAAAAAUCUGAAUCUAUAAUAUGUAUGAAAGCUUUCAAUCACAAUUCAGGCAUUAUUCAGCCAUUAGAGAAUUAGAUGCCAUCCCUCAGAGCCUAGAAGAGUGCUUUGCAACUAGUAGGGUGCUUAAUAAAUGUUUGUUGAAUUUGAAUUGAAACUACACUGGAGAGAGUCCCUAUCAUUGUAGUAAAUGAGUGAAAAGUUAGUCACUGUUAUAACCGUAUCUAUUAUCUAGUAUCGUAGGUUCCACAUGGUAUAGCCACAUUAUACUAGCUCUUCAGAACAAGUUGGGCAAAAUUUACUGAUAUUUUGUUCCUUUAUGUAAUGGGACAGAGCUUCUAAGUUGCCUGUUUAUUCUCUGAAAUUGAAAAAUGUGUUUCAGUUAGCUGCUUAUUUACCACCUAAGGAAUUUAACUGUGGUUUUAGCCAAGUGGCUAUGGAUUUGAGAGCCGCUACUGCUUCUUUCACCACUGCAUUUUGUCUUUCUCAUAGUUUUCCUUUAUGUAUUCUUUGUUGAAAUGACUGUCAUGUCCCUAAUUGGAUGUAUAGUACUACUUUAGAAUAUCAUGAGGCUUCAUGAAAAACUUCAAGCUUUAUAAGACAUAGGAAAACUUUGGAAAAAUACUUAAUCCUAUCAUGCUAAUGUAGCCAUAUUUUAUUGUAAAUGCUUCUGUGAUGGUCUCCACUGUUUGUGAAUUCUUUAUUGCUAUUUGAAUUCAGAAUGCUAUAUUUUAAAAACCAUACCCAAAGGGUCUUUCUUUUUGUCAUGUUAUUUAUUGACUCCUUUGGAUACACAAACAAUAUUAUAUCUGUUACUUUUGAUGAAGUCAUCAAAGGAAGUGAAAGCAAAGUAAUGAUGAUAAGAGUAAUUUAGAAAAAUAGGUGAGCAGAAACUUUGCCAAGUUUUUCUGUCAAAGUUCAGAUAACUGUAUUUUAUAGCUCCCCCUGCUAAACCCGUGCCAUAUAACACUAAGGAUGCCACAGAUUGGGAAAAAACAGAGGCUCAAGAUAAAAUAUGUCUAAAGAAUAUACAUUUCUUCUGGACCAUUAUUUUUCUGCUGUCUCUCAUGUUCUCUAUUAUCCAACUUGUUAACUGGGUUGUUUGUCACUACCUUGGAUUUAACCUCUAUAGAUGACAUAAGCGGCUGGUACAUACUGUUGUUUUUUGCUUUGUUUCUGGCUAUUAACUUCAGUGCUUUUGACAUCUAUUUUGAUAACCCAGGCAUAACCUCAGUUUUAAAGGUCCUGUCUUUCCUGGACUAUAUUGACCUCCAUCUUUACUCUACAUCAGGCAGACUAACCACCAGGGAUACACCAUGAACUUGAUGAUCAUAAUUCUUUGCUCACAGAAGUUUCCAGAAUAUGAGGUGUGACUAUAAAGUGAUGAGGUUGAUAUUUUAAAUUACCAUACCAGAAACCAGAAAGCGAUACACUUUUUCCAGUGAUGCUGUUACUCCUCAAAAUUUCCUUGGAACUCCUUAUUUGUAGUUAGCUUCAGAGCCAAUUUAAAAGUCAUUCAAGAAACUCAUGCCCAUUACUAAUAGUUUUAACUCAAAAUUUUUUCUAAAAUUGUAUUUUCCAAUUCGAUAAUCCCUUUAUUAGUAGCUUGGAUACAGACUCCUGGGUUGUCUUUGAAAACCAGAUACCAUCAAUCAAAAGAUUU